AGACUAGCACUGAACCACUGUCCAUGGGCAGUUUCUCUGCCCUAUAUCUUCAGGCCCCUCAGGUGGAUGUGUCCAUUUCAGGGAUCUCAGUGGACACUUCUGUGGGCACGCCCAGGCGCUGGGGGGGCACAUACGAGCCCAUGCCCGCUGCCCUCUCAGCCUCUUCCUGACUGUAGGGUUCGAUGCUCAGCUGCUUCAGCCUGGGAGGAAGAAGAAUAGGUGUUUGGAGCUGAUCAGAUGCAAGACACACCUGCAUGACACCCAUCCACCACCUCCUGACCCCUUCAUACCUUUUCUUGUGGUCUUUGGAUCGGAAGUGGGUCUUCAGAUUGGCGGAAUCGAUGAAGUACCUCCUGCAGGGAUGUAGGGUGAAGGGAAAGAGUAAAGAGGUGAGGGCUUUCAGGUAUGCUUACUUCCCGGGCCCUAACUCGUUCCCGGACACCAGAUUCCGAGCCCGAAGAGAUGGGAGGCGGGCUGACCCACGGGGUCCCAAGACAGGAGACCCCACGCGCCUCGCCGCCCGGAUCUCACCGCAAUGGGCUGGUACCUCAAACCCUGCUGGCCCCGGGCUGGACUCACGCGCAGGCCAGACAGCGAUGCAGGCCGCCCCCUGGCAGGUCCGGGUCGGGCUCGGCGUCCAGCUCUGGCUUGGGCCGCGGGAGUCCCUGCGGCCGCAGCUCGCGGUGAAUCUCAUCCAGAUCCGGCCGCCGCUUCUUGGCCUUCAUCUGGCGGGCUAAGGAAUGUGCUCGGUGCGCGCCGGUCCUGCGGGAGCGACCCAUGAUCAGUGACACCAAGACCAGGAGCAGGGAGGAGGGAAAGACCCACACGUGUUGGCGCUUCCGGGCCGCUCGAUGACGUCACGAGGGUCCGCCCGGGGGCGGAGCAGGGUCGCCCAGACCGCCUCUGAUGACGUCACGAACGGGCUGGUGGCUGGAGCGCCCCCGGGUGGCCGUGGAUGAUAAUGACUGGCUCUUUGCGGGGCAGUGGCGUGCCUCGGGGUAGCGGAUCCUUCUAUCUGCCGGCCCUAUCAUCACCUCCCGGUUUCCAUACCUCGGAUUUCAGUUGGAGAGGAUACUUUCAACGUCUCUGGAAAGCACUGAUAAGGCUCCUCUCCCCUGCAGCCAUGAACCAAGCUUUCUGGAAAGCUUACAAGUCUAAAGUGCUACAGACUCUGGGUGGAGAAUCUGAAGAGGACCUGGCAGAGGAGAAGGAGAACCCAGCAUUAGUGGAGUCUGAGGCGGCAGAAACCCCGGAGGAGGCCUUCAACCCCAUGUCACAGCUGGCCCGAAGGGUUCAGGGGGUUGGGGUGAAGGGCUGGCUGUCAAUGUCAUCUCUGUUUAACAAAGAAGAUGAAGGCAAGCUGCUGCCACCAGAGCCCUGCGCUGAUCACCCGCUGGCGGCGCCUCCCCCGUCGCAGGCGGCCGCCGCCGACACGGAGCCGCGCGGGCCGGGAUUCUGGGACGCGUUCGCCAGCAGAUGGCAGCAGCAGCAGCAGGCGGCGGCGUCCAUGCUGCGCGGCGUGGAGACCCCCGCGGAGCGGGACCCCGAGCCCGGGGACAAGCCUGCCGAGGAGGCCACGGAGUGCCCUGAGACCCGGGAGGGGGACCCCGCUGCAGGCUUCAAGUGGGGCUUCCUCACCCACAAACUGGCAGAGAUGAGGGUGAAGACCGCGCCCAAGGGCGACUAGCAGGGGCCCGCCCUUCCCUCCCUCCCUCCCAUAAAACCUCCUGGAUCGACA